AUUUGUAUAGAAUGUAUUUGUUUUAUUAACUUCAUGCAGUAUUUACUAUGCCCUGUAAAAUAUCUGGCACAUGCGGUGUAUGCAAUCUCAAAGAUGCAAUUUACAGAUGUCCUAAAUGUGUAUUAGUUUACUGUUCACUAGUUUGCUACAAAGGACAUAAAGAUUCUUGUUCAUCGAAAAAUAUAAAUGAAGUUUUUAAUUCGACUGUACAACUAGUUGAUAAAAAGAUUGAAACUGAGAUGUCUGAAGAUUUACUGCGACCUGAAGUUUUACAAAAUUUAGAGACUUCAGAACAUUUAAAAAAUAUGCUUACAAACAAACAUUUAAAAAGUAUACUUAUGGAAAUUGAUGCUUCAAAAACACCAGAAAAACAUCUUGAGAAUGCAAUGCAAAUUCCCAUUUUUACAGAGUUUGUUGAUCGGUGCUUAUCUAUUGUAGAACCUCCAGACAUUGUUAAAAUAAAUUAACUUACAAAUGUAAAAUAAUUAACUGAGGAUAAACAUGUUUUUUGAGUA